CUCAAAGGCAAUUUAUCUCUUGCUUUAGAAUCAGAAUAACAAGUCUCAUGUGACCCGAACAUUCUAUAAAAUUGAAAGGCACCUGACUUACGCAAUUCAAACGUUGAAAGCUGUUUACAUUUACGUAAUGUACUAAGCAUUGCAUCCAUAUUUCUGUUUCCGGCUCUCAUCCGCGCACAGCUCCAGCAGUCAUGUCAAAUGUUAGUUUUCUUGAAUUCCAGUACAAGCUUUCGAAGAACAAGUUCUUCCCCAAACCAUCUCGCUUAUUUUCCAGAGACAGGCAGAACUUGGGCUUAUUACCUGCUUCCCAGCCCGAUUUAAAUGAGCUAAGGGAAGUUUUUAAUAAGCUAGACUCCAACAAAGAUGGGAAGAUUUCUCAGGUGGAGUACAAGGCCAUGUUGAGGGCUCUAGGGCAGGGAAACACGACUCGAGAUGUGCCCAAGAUUUUCCAGGUGGCAGAUAUUGAUGGAGAUGGGUUUAUCAAUUUUAAAGACUUCGUGGAAGUGCAAAGGAGGAGCGGUGGGUUAACCAUGGACAUACAGAACGCAUUCCGCACAUUUGAUCUCAACUGUGAUGGAAAGAUAAGUGCAGAGGAAGUGAUGGAAAUAUUAAGGAGGCUUGGGGAGAGGUGCACCAUCCAAGAUUGCCAGAAAAUGGUGGCAGCAGUAGACACUGAUGGCGACGGUAUGGUUGGCAUGGAUGAAUUCAUGACUAUGAUGACUCGCACUAUGAAGCUUGACUAAAAGGGGCCUUUCUGUUAUAUUCCCCGGGUUUCUUUCUUUAAUAGCCCAAUGUAAAAAUGCCGUUUUGGUGCUA